UGCCCCCGCGCCGGCCAGCCAGACGCCUUCAGCUGUCCCGGGUUAGGUGCUUCCCACCGGCUCGUCGUGGCUUUUGGGGUCCUUUCCUCCACACUUCCUGGGCCUGGAAAAGUGAAGUUAUUUUCCUGCCCUGACAGCUGAGAAUGUACCACAACAGUAGCCAGAAGCGGCACUGGACUUUCGCCAGCGAGGAGCAGCUGGCGCGACUGCGGGCCGACGCCAACCGCAAGUUCAAAUGCAAGGCGGUGGCGAACGGGAAGAUGUUUUGUUUUUUUACAAACUGAAGGCAAGACCCUCCACCUGUAAAAAGAUUACUGUUUGCUUUAUUGCGGUGGUCUGGAACGGAACCCGCAAUAUCUCCGAGGUUCUUCCCAAUGAUCCAGUCUUUCUUGAGCCUCAUGAAGAAAUGACACUCUGCAAAUACUAUGAGAAAAGAUUAUUGGAAUUUUGUUCAGUGUUUAAGCCAGCAAUGCCGAGGUCUGUGGUGGGUACAGCUUGUAUGUAUUUCAAGCGUUUUUAUCUCAAUAACUCAGUAAUGGAAUAUCACCCCCGGAUAAUAAUGCUCACGUGUGCAUUUUUGGCCUGCAAAGUGGAUGAAUUCAAUGUAUCUAGUCUACAAUUUGUUGGAAAUCUGCGGGAGAGCCCUCUUGGACAGGAGAAGGCACUUGAACAGAUUUUGGAAUAUGAACUGCUUCUUAUACAGCAACUUAAUUUCCACCUUAUUGUCCACAAUCCUUAUAGACCAUUUGAAGGCUUUCUCAUUGAUUUAAAGACCCGCUAUCCCAUGUUGGAGAAUCCAGAGAUUUUGAGGAAAACAGCAGAUGACUUUCUUAAUAGAGUUGCGCUGACGGAUGCUUACCUUUUAUACACACCUUCUCAAAUCGCCCUGACUGCCAUUUUAUCCAGUGCUUCCAGAGCAGGAAUUACCAUGGAAAGUUAUUUAUCAGAAAGUCUGAUGCUGAAAGAGAACAGAACUUGCUUGUCACAGUUAUUAGAUGUAAUGAAAAGCAUGAGAAACUUGGUAAAGAAAUAUGAACCACCGAGACCUGAAGAAGUUGCUGUUUUGAAGCAGAAGUUGGAGAGAUGUCAUUCUGCUGAGCUUGCACUUAACGUAAUUACGUUUAAGAUCUUGUCUGAGGACCAAGUAUACUGUUCCAAACUUAUUUUAACUACUCUAGGAAGAAGAGGAAAGGCUAUGAAGAUGAUGAUUAUGUCUCAAAGAAAUCCAAACAUGAGGAGGUCACUAAACUGGCAUCAAAGCAAGGUCCACAUUUAUUUCAAAUUUUCCUACCCAGUUUUAGAGGUUUUAUUUCAUCAUUGACCAGCUAGUUACUGCAAGGCCUGCAAAGGUAAAUAACAAGUUUCCUAUUGAAGCUUAAGAGACUGGGAGGGAACCAAACUGCCUAGCACUAGGUUUUUGGAAGGAGACCAAGUUGGAUACUACUGUGGUGAUCCAGCUGAAAAGCAGGAGGGAGGGAAAGGAAAGUAAUAUGAUACAGAGAAAAAGUGGAACUGAGUUGACAUUAAUAAAAGGUAUAGUACAGGG